AUGGAGUCCAGAGAGCAGCCUAGCAGUGACCAUCUGCCUGGAAACUCCGCCCUUGAGCAACAAACGCCACACCAAGGCCAAAGUGACAAUAAUCCAGAUGCUGAUGAAACUGAGCUCCUAUGGAAGCUAAGGAAGUACUUGAUCCUGAUGGCUAUCCUAGCUGCAGCCAUAACAUAUCAGGCAGGGCUGGCUCCGCCAGGUGGAUUCUGGCAAGACAACCAGGAUGGCCACACUGCAGGUGACAUCGUGCUAAGAGUUAGCUACCCAAAGCGGUACCAUAUUUUCUUCUACUGCAACACAACAGCAUUUGCGGCAUCACUGAUUGUCCUGAUAUUGCUCCUGGUUAGGGAACUGAACCGCAAUGCAGUUUGGCUUCGGGCACUACAAUUCACUAUGGUAUUGUGCUUGCUUGGGCUCAUGGGGGCCUAUGCUGCCGGGAGCUACAGGGAGGAGAGGACUUCAGUUUACAUUUGGGUAUUACUUGUUGGCAUCUUCGCAUAUGUCACACUCCAUGUCAUAUUUUUCGGGCAUAUGGCACCUAAAUGGCUGCGGGAUAUGUUCAUGGGUAUCCAGAGACUCUGGAAGGAUUUCCUGGGUCUAAGCCCACCAGGUGGCUUCUGGCCUGACAACAAGAAUCCUCAAUAUCUUGCUGGUGACCCAGUGCUGCUAGAGCACCACCCCCGCAGGUUCAAGGCAUUCUUGGUCUGCAAUGCAACAUCUUUUGCUGGAUCCCUUGUGAUCAUCAUCAUGCUCCUCAGUAAUACAGCAGUGGAUCAUGUUGUCAAGUCAAAUGCUCUGCGGUUGUGUGUGCUUGUGAGCCUAUUUGGGCUUAUGGGGGCUUAUGUUUUGCUCUACCUCUUCCUCCAGUGGAUCGAACCUUUUGUGACAAAGCCAGCUUGUGUAGAGAAGUCCAUUGGAUGGAUGAGAGAAAAGAAAAAUGAAAUGCUCCAGAAACUGUGCUCUUUUGUUGAGAAGGGGAGUGGGAUUCCAAACAAUGACAGAGAUCCUGCCCUAUCAAGGCCCACUGCAGAACAUCCAUCCAACAAAAGCAUGUCAAGCAUUUCUGGUGAUGCAAAGGAUGACCUACAGAAAUUGCGCACAUAUCUCCUAUUGCUUGGCAUCCUUGCUGCCACUGUCACUUAUCAAGCUGGGCUCAAUCCACCUGGUGGCUUUUGGGCAGACAGUGUUGAUGGGCAUAUUGCAGGGGACACAAUCUUGGAGGCUAUGCAUCCUAGGCGUUACAGGACAUUCUUCUAUUGCAAUGCUAUGGCAUUUGUAGCAUCUUUGGUCAUCAUAACCUUACUUCAGAGCAAGCUGAUUACCAUUGGUGCUAUGAAGCGCCACAUAUUGCAAACAGCAAUGAUACUGGAUCUCUUUGGUCUUAUGGGGGCCUAUGCUGCUGGAAGCAGCAGAAAGUUCUCGACAUCUGUCUAUGUGUUCAUCUUAAUGCUUCUUGUUUUCAUCUAUGUCAUACUUCAUGUUCUGCUAUCUGUGGCUCUGAAGACACGACGGAAUUGGAUAAUAAAUCAUUUCAGAAGAAAUGAUACAAUUGAUAGUGAUGAUGAAGAGAAGAAUUUGGAAAAGCAGCGUAAGUUUCUUAUGUUGCUUGCAGUACUUGCAGCUUCUGCCACAUAUCAAGCUGGCAUAAACCCACCUGGUGUCUUCUGGGCUGACAAUAAUGGUGGCCACCGAGCAGGUGACCCAGUAUUCCUUGAUGAGUUUCCGCUCCGCUACAAGGUUUUCUUCUAUUUCAAUGCCACUGCUUUCGUGGCAUCCCUAGCUGUGAUUAUGUUGCUUGUUAGUAAAAGGUUAUGUCACAAGGGCCUCCAAUCCUAUGCGCUGUGUGCAUGUGUCCUGGUUGAUCUGAUGAGCCUCAUGGGUGCUUUUGCAGCUGGAAGCUGCAGGAAAGUAUUAACAUCGGUGUAUGUCAUCCUUGUUGUUCUUGCUGUGUCUGUUUAUGUCAUGAUUCAAGUCCUGGUUUUGACAUUUGCCAAGGACAAGGUGAAUGAUUUCCUGGAAAGGAUGUUCAGCAUAGGGGCUUUUGACCGCCAACAUACAUCCAUAAAUCAUGAGAGAAGUAUCAGGAUUAGGAAGAGAACUGAGCACAAAUGGCGCAAAGAUUUGAUGCUCAUUGGAACUCUAGCAGUUACUGUCACAUACCAAGCUGCACUGCUCCCACCAGGUGGGAUCUGGCCUGAUGACCAGGAAGGCCAUUUUGCUGGUGAUCCAAUUCUUCAAUAUACCUACCCAAGAUGGUAUAAGGUAUUCUUUUAUUGCAAUGCCACGACAUUCAUGGCGUCGAUAGUCGUGGUCAUCCUCUUGUUGAACAAUACAAUAAGCAAGUACAAGAGAUCUCUCCUUGCCAUGAAAACAGCAAUGGUAUUGGACUUGCUCGGUCUGCUCGGUGCAUAUGCUGCAGGCAGCUGCAGGAAGUUGAAGACAUCUGCUUACAUUUUGUUUCUUGUCAUUGUUGUGUUGAUCUACAUCAUAAUGCAUGUAUUGCUAUCAUUUGACAAGGUGGCUUUAUUGGUGAAAAGGAAGGGACAGAAGUGGAUGCCGUUUCUGAAAAAACUGUGGGUUCUCAUUGAAACUGAACCUUUGGACCAUCUGUCAUCUGCUGGGCAACCGGGAGAGGUGCCUCCACCUGUGUAG